AUAAUAACUAUAACCGUAAACAAUAUAUUUUGUGAAUAUAUUCCUGAAUAUAAAAAUCGGCCGAAAUUUAGAAACGUACUGUACAUGACAGACAGAUUUUACGCAAGUGCGUCAUUAGUAACAUGUUGACCACAAAAGAUCCAAGAAUUGCCUCAACAUGACCUGAGAAAAUAUCUGGACAACAGAAAUCAGAAGGGGAUCAGAAUGUCCUCACCAAGGUUCUACUCGUGUGUCCUAUGUUCGUCUAGACCAAAGGUCCGAGAUAGACGACCACUUACUGGAUCCAAAAAUAAAGGACUUCGGAAAUUUCUCCAACAACGUUUCCUAAUAGAAUCCUCCAAGAUAUUUUCUACUGGGAGUGUCAUCUGUAAUAAAUGUCGACUCCGCUGUUCCCGAGAAAUCCAUGCAGCUGCUGGGGAUUCACAAAAGGACUUUGCUAAACAGAACCGUAUUCCGGACACAGAUCUAGACACAGAGUACAUACCAUCCACCAAGAAAGCUAAGAAAAUACCAAAGUCACCUCCAAGCAUCACACUCCCAAUACCUUCAGUGGAAGGGAGUCAUUCUCAGUGUGCUGUUUGCAAGCGUCGUGGUCCAAAGCUAGUCGUCGUACCUAAAAAUGCUAGAUAUAACCUGUUUUUGGAAAAACUUAUUGUAUUGCCCAUUGGAGCUAGAUGUUGCCCAGGUCAUCUAUCCGAAAAUCUUUUCCACGCUCAUGCAGCAGAACAGAUUUCCCAGUCUCGAACCACAUCUGAUUUUAAUCGCUCAGAUCUAAUGGAACUUAUAACAGAGAUUCGAGAAAUUGCUGUAAGGGGAAGUGAAAAACGCAUCGAUUUUGACAGUGUAAAGUCUUUAUCAGAUUCAGACAUCUUAACUUUGACUGGGAUAACAAAAAAGAACUUAGAUGAACUUUGUUCAGAAGUUGGAGGAAGUCUGAGAGAUUCGAGUACACGCAGUGUCCGCACGUGUAUUGGCAUAUUUCUCACUAAACUAAAGACAGGAAUGCCAAAUAAAAUUCUCUGCACAUUAUUCAAUUUAGGCAGAGACUCAAUCCGUCGUGCCAUUGCAUCAGCGCGGAAAUAUCUUUCACAACAUUUUGUGCCAUCACAUCUGGGUUUUGGGCAUAUAAGCAGAGAAGAUAUUAUAUCAUCGCAUACAAGACCAAUAGCGCAAUCAUUAUUUGGAGAAGGCAAGUUUCCAGCCAUAUUAGUAGCCGACGGAACUUACAUCUACAUACAGAAGAGUUUACAGUUCAAAUUCCAGCGCAAAUGCUACAGUUUACAUAAACACCGUCCACUGGUAAAACCAAUGGUUUUUGUUUCUACGACUGGAUAUAUCCUUAGUAUGAUUGGCCCCUACUUCAGUGAUGGCAAAAAUAGUGAUGCUCAAAUUAUGAAACACAUAAUUGGAAACGAUAUUGAAGAUUUUAAACAGUGGAUUUAUGAAGAUGAUGUCCUUAUCGUUGAUCGAGGUUUUAGAGACUCUGUUGAAUUAUUGGAUGAACUUGGUGUAAGAACCGAAAUGCCGUCAUUUAUCCAGAGAGGUGAAUCUCAAUUGCCAGUGGAAGAGAGCAACACUACAAGACUCGUCACGAAAAUUCGAUGGAUCGUCGAGUCUGUAAAUGGCCGCAUAAAACAAUGGAAAUAUCUUGACCGGGUUCUUCCAAACAGUCAGAUACCAUAUAUUGCUGAUUACGUAAAAAUCGUUUGUGCCUUGAUGAAUAAGUACUGGCCAGAAAUUAACACAAAGGACUCUGAAAAGGAAGAUCAACUGGGAUAUAAAAUGCUAUAUCUCUCCAAACAGCAAAAUGUCCUUCAUGAGAGAAUCAAGUCUGAGGGUCUAGACAAACGAUCAUGCAAAUGGGAAAAAAAUCACUGCCUCUUCUGUGCCUGACUUUCCGAAAUUAAGUGAAGAGGAUAUUCGAAAUCUAACAGUUGGUGUGUACCAGUUAAAGCUUGCACCCUGCUACACAAGAGAGCACUUGGACAGUGACGGAAGUUUUGACGUUCUGGUAUGCAACCACGAACCAGACCUACUUUGCGCCAAAA